AUGAUGAUGAAGAAGAAGACGAAGACGAAGACUAAGAAGAAGAACGAGUUAGAAAAAAGAGAAGAAUUGGCUGAGGAAGAGAAAGAAGAAGAAGAAGAAGAGGAACAAGAAGAAGAAGAAAAAGAAGAAAAAGAAGAUGAAAAACAAGAAGAAGAAGAAGUAGAAGAAACACAAAAACCACAGCAGCAGCAGCAACAACAACAACAACCAGUAAAUGAUUUUUGUCCACGGAAAACUGAUUUAAGAUUGCGUGUCACUGAAAAUGCGGGACUAUUUUCAAACGAGUUUAGAUAAACGUAUGAUAGAAGGUAUUCCGAGUAAACAGGAGAACAAGGGUACCGUUUUAAAUUAUUCAAAACAUGCUAAGUAUUAGGUAGGUAACGACGGUCAUUGAUUCAUCAAAUGGGUUACUGAAUACUUCACGAGUUAUGUGUACUAUAAACCGUAAAAUAAAAGCAAAUAGAAAACGAUAGUGUGGUAUUAAUUUUGGUUUAAACUCGACAACUAGAAUGGCUGCAAACUGCAGAGUGCGCUACAAGAAAAUUGGACAGUGCGGCAGUGUAAGUAGGAUCAUCAUGAAAUUGAGCUCUGAGUAUGUUAUCGCUAACCGAGUCCUUUCGAUGAGUACAUUCAUUUAAAUUCAAAGAGGACAGACGGCAAAUUAUUGUUCCUCGAAAUAUCUAAAAGUCGUAUCUCUUCAUCAGUAGGAUGCAUAAAAGGUGUGCAAUUCCGCAAUUCGUUUCGGCUCCAUUAAAUCCUACACCAAUAGUAGAACGUUUUAAGAGGCGCCACCCACAAUGUGAGCACAUCUACUGACUGUCAUAUUUCGGUUAUAUAUCGUAUAGCUUUCAUAUAUCGUGCCCUGUUUCUUAACUUGGACAGUAUGAUAAUGUAUGAUAAUUAUGGUACAUUGCGUUUAAUUUUUUUAUGUUAGGUUCCUUACUGUCGCGACAAAAAUUGGGUGGGAAAAAGAAAGUGAAUAAGAGACACCUUCUGUCAAAAGGUAAUUGUUUUUCGAUACCUUUCGAAUUUUUUUAAUAGCUCUGUCGUAUUUUAUUUUAACAAAACUGUCGCAAUUGAUUAGUUAUUUGUUCUACCGCAAGCUGUCGUUUAUCCGAAUCGAUUGUAAAAAAAAAACACAUUUUUUUAGGGAUUAACAUUAACACAAACACCUGCGUGUCUGUUAUGUUAUAAGUACACUCUCUAUACAAAUACAUUCGAAAGUGUUUAAAUACAAAAACUAUCACUUCUUUAGCUAAAAGUAUUUUCAGCCUGGAUUAAAAAAAUAUCAACGAAAGUUGAUCCACGACUAGCUCUGCGAAUGGAAGUUCAUUCCACGAUAGACUCUUCAACGAUUUUUUCAAUUGUUGGCUUGGAACAGUUAGUGAAAAUCCAUCGACAUCGCUGAAAAAUGGGCUAAGGAAGAAAAAUAUUGCCCAAAGUUUCUGAAUGAUUUGUUGAAAAAGAACAAACAAAUUAGCCUCUUAAAGUCGCAAAACUUUACAGACGUUUGUAUUGAGGCAAGCACCAAACGUUUGGAAAAAUUGGUCGACUUUGGGGAUCUAUAUGCAAAUAAAACUUAUAUAUUGUUGCUGUUAAUGUUGUUGUGAAGAGAUCUAGAAAGGAGUGUCAGAUACAUGAUCCAGCAAUGAAAGGAAGUACUUUUUUCUCAGCAAAACCCACUAAAGGAAAUUUGUUGUGGUGAGAAGCUUUAAUUUCGUAUUCCUGGCCGCAAGUCCAAACUCACUCACUUGACAAUGUAUGAAAACAAGACAUACAUUUAUUUAGUAAACGGAUAUCUUGGAAAACAGCAUAAAUAAAAAACGAAUCAUAUAACAAGAAAGCGCUUGUCCUUCAUAAUUGCGAUCAAAGCUACUAUUUUUGUUAUUUGCCACAACAGUUAGGUCGCUUCUUUUUAGGUGGUUUCGGUGUCCAUGGUUUCUUUUGAGCUGCUCCUUCACGUAGUUUUUCUUGGCGUAACCAGUCACAUUUUUUCUCUAGCCCGCGUUUGCGAAUUUCACAGAGCAGUCUAUAAGGCAAACGUUAGAUACAGCAGAAUAACUAACGGAAUUAGCGAAAGAGAAAAGCAUAGACCGCGAGAAAUAAAUGAGACCUGAAAAUAAGUCUUUUGAAAACCACCGGUUGUUGGGCCACUGUUAGCUUGCAGUGCCGGGAACGCGGUGCCUGCGUGGCAGGCGUUUGAAAGGGAAGGGAAAAGGAGUUUUAGGCGCGAGAGAAACGCGAGGUGCGUGCGAGGAGGGAGGGAGAGAAGGACUUGUGUCUGCAUUGCAGAGUCGUUAGCCUGGGUCACCGACGUAAUCUAACCUCGGUUAGGGACCGGUCAUUAUUUAUCGCCUGGGUGGGGGGCGGAGGAUUUUAGGGGGUACUACUUGAUUUUUGGGAGAACAAAAGGGGAGCUGAGAUCCCGAAAGGGGGAAUGGCUGAAAACUUUGGAAGGAUUCAGAGGGGGAAACACUAAAAUUUGCUUUGAAAAUUAAGGCAUGGGGUGGGGGGGGAUCGCGAAAGUCAUCAAACGUUAUUAGGGGGUCACUUAAGUGAAGUAACAUUCAAAGGGGGGAUCGGCUAAAUCAGUUUCACCUUGUUUAGCCUAAAAUCCUCCCUCCCCCUCCCCCCAGGCGAUACAUGAUAACCGGACCCCAUGAGACGUAAUAGGACAGGUCCUAUUAUGAUCUCUUGCUGGUGCCUUAGUAAGGUCCUCGAAGCAGAGCCGAUAUCCUUGUUAUUAGCCCCUACGGACUAAAUGGGCGCUUUCUAUUGAACAAAAUUCCGGUUUGAAAUUCAAUUUCGGAAAUUCCACGUGCCCAAUGGAACUGUGACUCCGGUUGCACAGACCCGACCCAAGCCACCGCGCGUUUGGUUAUUGUUCUUGUAAGCAGGAUACAAAAGAGCGGUACGGGGGACAACAGUUUGGUCAAAUGGAAUGGAACAUUUCGUUCCGACGGGUCAAAGUGGACCAUGCACCUUCAAAUUCCGCUCGGAGCAAACCAAAGCGGUCCGUUCCAUUGGAUGUACCAUCCGAAAUUUCCGAAAGUUUGGGUCGAUUGGGAAGUGCCCAAUGAAUUAUUGGAAAUGCGUUUCGAGUUUCCCUUCACCUGAUUGGCACUUUUGGCGAUGGCUUUUUUAACUUUUCAAUUAUAGCGCGUUCUCAAAUAUUGGUAAACAUUUUUUAAGCCCAGAACACUUUUUCGGUACUUUUUCGCAGACUGACUUAACAAGAAGGCUAUUUCCGUCUGUGGCGCAAGCUGCAGAGUUGCUCGUAUUCAGGUUUUAAGGAUUCAAUGAAAUUUCAAAUUUUUGGAACGAAAAAAGGUGUCUGUAAUAUAAAUGUGUCGUUUUUAAAAAAUGGCCGCAAGGAGAGACAGACAAGGCUAGCUCGUAAUCUACUUCCCCCAGUAAAAAAACCUGGGAAUGAACCGGUUGUAAGAGCGGCGCGGCGGCCCCCUCUUCGCCAAGUAAUGUUGAUUGUCAUAAGACUCGUAUUCAUGACGUCGACACUGUACCGUGGGAGAAGUAGGGAAAAUGCAUUAUUUCGACGAUAGCUAUUGCGUUAGCGUCCCAAGAGUUUUGAACAGGGUUGUAGUAACUUUUUAAUAGCUGUAAAUGUGUAUUUAAGCCGUGUGCACCUUCACCUGCAUUGGGUGAUGAUAUUUGUAACGUACUGAAUGGUGAGGUAUAAAGCCAUGCAGCAAUAAUCAGUCAACCAAAUAACACUCAUCACAUCAAACGUGUCCUGCCAUGUCCAGUUCAUUAAUGCAGAGAGGAAUCGUGCGCAAAAAUUUAGUAAACGCAAACAGAGAUAAAUUUGCACGACGUAUUACUUAUCCUUCAGUAUAAAGUGGUUUAUUUCUUAUGAAUUAUAGGUCGAAUUUUAAUAAUAUUCAAAAACAGUAGACCUCGAUUAUCUCAUUCUCAGUUGUCCAAAAGUCUUCUACAAAAUUGAAACGACGAUGGAGCUGUUCCUCUGUAUUUUCGUUCAUGUUAGAGUGAGUGAUCGCUUUAUGAAGCUUUCACACCUGAAGAGAACUGGAUUCACUGUAGAAAUUUAUAACGGGAAGUUACGACUUCCGUCUCCAGUAGGCCGCGCGCAAAGCCACGUGCGCACUACAAAGCUUUUAUUAUUUUUUAAUUCAUAGCGUCAUAAACACUUUGGACCAGUUCUAACGUACUAUUAAGUCCAUUGAUGAAGGGCAACGCCCCAAACUCCAUAUAAAACCUGGCACUUUCGCUAAUGCUUUACUUUUUAAUAGAUAUUUCCUUCACUUACUUUCUAAAGCGCCUCGCAUCUUACCGAAAUUUUUUUCCGUUAUUUUUUAGUAAUAAUUCAGGUCUAUUUUAACCGGUAAAUAUGACUAAAACAACUUGAGACUGAAAAUUUUGCAUCUAUCUACCUUGAUUAAAGUGAAUCUGACAAAAAAAGGUUUAUAAAAGUUUUUAUGAUGUGACGUUGCAUGCAUGCAUGUUAUCUCAAGGGUGCUCGCAAGAGUCCUUAUCUAUUUGGAACAAUAAGAAACCACAGAUUAAGUAACAUAAAACCAAAUGUAACUUUUCACAGCAAGCAGGGGUUAUGAAGAGAAAACUUUGAAUCAAAGAAAUGACUUUUCUUUUGAUACUGAUCAACUUUAGUUAGUUCGUAAUGUUUUGGAAUGCAACAUUGGCACAGCAUUUGACACUGAGAGAGCGAACUGAGUUAUAGUCGGCACUAGGAAAAAUAGCGAUUUUUGCUUUCGCCGUGCGCCUUUCUACCCCAGCUUACGCAAGAUGAAAAAUAAUUUGAAGAUUCCUUUUUCAAAAAUAACACUGUUGAGAGUUAAAAAGGCUUUCAUUUUGUCAAGAACGCCUUAAUUUUUUCCUUCCCAAAUGCGACACAAUUCAUCUCGCUUCCUUACGUGGAAAGACUAAAAGAAAUGACGUCAUAAAAACAAAAUGUAACGUUUAUCUGCACGAGCUCAACGCCGAACGAGACGGUUUGAACUUCUGAGGCUAUCUUUUUGAGACUUUUUGAUCAACUUUUUUGGGGAGAGGGAAGGUUUCUGCCGUUGUUUUUGUGUUUUUCGUCAAAUAUUUCAUCUGAAGGGCGAGUUCGCUUCUAAUUCUCCUUUGAUACAGUUCAAGGUAAUUUAAUAUAUUUAAACACAAAAUUUAAUUCUCUACCGUUAACCUCCUCUCGUUGUUGAUACAUGACGUUUAUCAGCAAGCUGUUCUAAGUAAGCUGUUCUGUGGCUAUUGCUCGUUUAUUACAAACACUUUAAAACCUCGCGUAAGCCGAGAAAACAUAACCUUGACAACCGAUUACAUCGGACCGGCCGCAAAAAGCUGAACCUGUAACAAACGUACGAUUAGCCAAUCGUAUUCAAGGAUUUUUAGGACUCUUGUCAAAUGAGAUACUUCUGGAGAAAAGUACCGUUUCUGAUUUUAUUCUUAAAAGUUGCGAAAAAGCAAAAAUGAAUCCCUAACGAUUUUUCUUUUGUCAAUUUAAGUCAUCAAAGAAUUAGAUUCAAUGCUGAUCAAAAUCACUACACAUUACUAUGCUCCGUGAGGAAUGUAUUUUGUUGGAUCUACAAUUGUAGUCUUAAACUAAAAAAGGCUUUUUUCACUUUCUAUCAAUGGAAAUUUUAUUUGUUAAAAACGUAUUACGGUAACGGUAAUGUGAAAUUAAGUCCUUCUUCAGCUGGUUGAUAAGUCUUCAUUAGCUCUGAAGUGAAAACGUUAGAUCAGUACGAAUAAAUCUUUUAGAAAACAUCGCUUGUAAUUUUCUCUUUGUAGGUUGAUUUUUUUUUUCGAGCUGCUCUGCAGAAUUAUGGGAAACGAUUGAAAUUGAUUACAAACAGAACGUUGCACAUAGACUAAAGCUAGUUUGAAAAAAAAAAAGAUUUUGAACAGUAUUACGACUUUCGAGUAAAUUGAUGAGUUUCACGCCAAAAUUAUUCUUUUACCUUAACGCAAAAGUAAAUGCAUCGUGUCAAACGAAGAACCAAUAUUAAAAAAGAGCGUGAACGACCCCGCCAGGACUCGAACCUGGAAUCUUCUGAUCCGAAGUCAGACGCCUUAUCCAUUAGGCCACGAGGCCAAGACAUUUAUCGUCGAAUUUCCUUUACUAUUUGACAAUCGUGAGGUAUAAAUACCCACUGUGCUAUGUUUUCUAACUUGUCUUCAGUUUAUGCUGUGUUCGAGGUCAACACUGUGACAAGCCUACACUUCAUCGAUGGGCAGCGUGUGGACAGUAGUGACCUAAAUAAUUCCAACCUACACAUGUAGUACAUUCGAUAAAGUGGAACUCCGUUGUUACGAUCACCAAUGGGCCAAAAAUAUUUGGCCGUAUUAACUAGGGUUUUUUUUAUAAGAAAAUGUAUGGCCGAUUAUUCGUGACUAUUGCGUUGCCCACGUAUACACCUUGUUUGCCCCUCAACCUUCCCCCCCUUCCCCAACACCAAAUUUUGCAUAAGCACUGUCUUCAUUUUUUCUUGGGGGAGCGGACUACUGUAAUGUCCCCCCGGUAAUAGCCGGGAGAAAUUGGAAACAAUGUUGCUUUGGUGAGGGUCUGGGCGGGAGGGGGCACAAAAAGUGUAUUACAGAGCAAUGCAAAAGUGGCGAAUUUCUGUGUUCGUUGUGAUGUAAGUUGUUAGCGUCUGUCUUUUCAUUCAUUUAUAUCACGUUAUUUGCUGAUCGAUUUUCAUACUCUUGUCCAUCACGGUUAUGGCUGCCGUGAAAACGUAGCACGAGGUGUCCUCCUCCCAUUAUCACUCUUGGAAGGUAUUUCACCUACACUAUCAAAAACUUUAUUCAUUUUCCCCGUUUCGUGUUCUUUGGUCCGCAUUUGACUCCUCUGAGGAGUGAAGCCGUUCGUCGACACUUUUUCUCCAUGUCCUUGUUUGAGAGUGGCAACCAGUCGUUCAACAUCGCUGCAGUCGCUGUCUUCCUCUGGGUCAUUUUUACUAUCGUAACCUGUCUGGGGAAUGCGACAGUCACAGAGACAGCAGCAGAAUGUUACUGGAAAUCAAUGGUUAGAGGUUAGAUCGGCAUGAGCAUAACAGUUCAUUCAGCUGAUUUCCGUACGAGAAUCGAUCGCCUCCUGAUUCAAAUUCCAGAAUACAGGAAAGUUGUGCCCGUGGUAUCCGGAACGCUGAACUUUGGAACCGGAAAUUCAGCUCAAGGAAUCCGGAAUCCCACUAACGAUUGGAAUCCGGAACGAUUCCGGAAUCCAGUACCUGAAAUCCUUUGAAUUACCUUAUGUGGGGCGAAAUCGAGCUCAGGGUGUUUGGAAACAAGCGGACGUGGGUACCGUAUAGAUAGGCGCGAAGAUGAUUGCAAAAGGGACGAAUUUCUAGGGAAGACCUUUCUUUGCUCCUCCCUCUUUCCAUGGGAAUUUUCUUGAGAUUAGACCCCCUGCGCUCCCUGUAACAUGAACCGGAUGAAUUAUAUAUUUUAAGUGAGAAAACUAAGGAUCAACUCUAUUUACGUAAGGAAAUACAAAGAGAACAUCUGAAUUAAUUUACUUCAGAAAGUGAUAGUACUGGACCUAAUACAUACGAUAACAGCUGGACGCUACUUCUGGCCUCUGGCCUCAAGGAAACCUCUGCUUGCCGAUUGGAGGCUUUCUGUCAAACUAAACUAGCAUAACUUCACCACUUAUAACGCAGGUUCCAUAAAAAUCAUAUCUAUUUCUAUAAGUGGAACGGACCCAAUCUCGUGCAGAGAGUCCGCUUUCUUUUUAGUGAUCGUGAGCACCCUAGUUACGGGCCACUAUAAGGUUUUUUGUAUUUUUGUAGUCUAUGGAGCAAUAUUUAAAACAAUUAAUGAAUGAUGCUGAGUAUCUUAUGAAGAAUUAUGGAGAUCGAGGAGGGUGUUAUCCGUCGAGGCCGUAGGCACCCUCCCAGAUCUCCAUAAUUCUUCAUAUGAUACGAAAGCCGAAUUCAAUAAUUGUUUUAUUAUUCAUUCAAAAUAAUUCCUAGUUUAAAAACAUGGCCAAAACAUGCUUACCGUAACUCCAUCGAUCCAUCGAUGUUAAGUUCAUCUUCGAUAGUACACGUUUAGGUUUGUCCAGCUCCGCAAAUAUUCUCCAAAUAGCAGAUGUCGCCCGUCGAGUUGUCUUCUUGCUGUUCUUGCCAUGUUUUUAGUUAUUUUUUUGCCUAGUUCUUACUCUUGAAACGAGUGAAAUGUGCGCCAUUUUUCAAGUUCACAAGCAAAACAACUCAACGCCUUAACUUGCACGAACGAUGCAUUUUUGACGUCGUUUCCUUGUUAAACACAAAAUUCUUCCAAAUUUGGUCAUCAGAAACUGGUUAUGGUGAAUUAUGCUUGUGCUUUUAGCCAAUCAGAAUCGGGAAAAUAUUUUGAGUGAAUAAUAAUUAACAAUUAUUCGCCGAAGGUGAAGUUAAUAAUUGUUGAUUAAUUUCGUCUCGGGGAUUAAUCAAUAUUAACUGAGCCUGAGGUGAAUAAUUGUUUUAGUAUAUGCACACGAAGUGAUCUCAACAGAAUCAGAAAGGAAACCGUGAAAGAAAUAAUUAGUUUGAUUCACGGGUGAAUUCAUGGGUGAACAUGUAGCCGUAAACAGGAGAUGCACAACAGUUGGAUAUUUGCUGUAUUUUCAAACAUGGCAAAUCCUGAACUAUUUGAAGAACUUGAAAACGAUAUUGAGAAAUUCUCGGCUUUUGGAUCAAUUCUUCUCAUGGGUGAUUUCAACUCUAGAACAGGCAAAUACUAAGACAAUGUCUGUCAAGAGGGCAACACCAUUAUAACAAACGAUCAAUCUGAAUUCUCCUUAUGCGCCCUUCAGCGACACAGCUUUGAUAACGAAUUAAAUAACCACGGUAAACGGCUUUUAGAAAUAUGUAGGAGUGCAGAUCUAACGAUUAUGAAUGGUAGAUCCCUUGGCGAUUCGCUGGGAAGGCCAACAUUUCAUGGUAAAUUAGGAGUUAGUGUUGUUGACUAUGCAAUAUGCGACCAAGACUUAUUCCACUCUAUCGCGAAUUUUGUUGUCAAAGAGCCGUCGAGUUUAUCAGAUCACAGUCCAAUAAUGACAUGGUUUAACAUUACUAAGGUAAAUACCCACUUAGCUACAGAAAAUACCAAUGAUACAUUAAUUCGUUUACCCAAACAGUUUAUAUGGGAAAAUGAUUCAUCACAAAAAUUUAAAACAGCAAUGCAAACAAGAGACAUACAGAGAAUGAUACAUGAUUUUCUUGUUGACAGUAGGCCAGACAAACACAUUAACUCCUCUCUCGAUGCAGUAGAAAGGAUUCUUUUUGCAACCGCAAAACAUUGUUUGAAAAUUAAGAACGUUAAAAGACGAUAUACUAGAUUAUCUUCUGUUUCGUCUAACAAAAAAUGGUUUGAUAAAGAAUGUCGUCUUAAGAGACACGAAUUGAGGAAACUUGCUAAUCUAAAACACAGAGAUCCUCUCAAUAUUACGCUUAGGGAAAACUAUCACACUGUCUUAAAACAGUACAAAAACGUUCUGAAACAGAAGAGAAAAGAAUACUAUGAUACUAAGAUCUCGGAACUAGAAGACAUGAUAGAUAACUCAAACAGCCGAAAUUUUUAGAACUGCUUGAAAUCUAUGGAUGAUUCUAUGAAGGAAACUAGUACCCCGCCAAUCUCAGAAGAAAGUUGGUUGUCUCACUUCCAGUCACUACAUUCAAACGAGCCUCUUAAUUCACACCAAGAAGCCAUUAUCGAUGAGUUAACAAGAUUAGAAGACGCAACAACACAAUCGCAUGCUUUGGACUACCUAAUAACUGAACUCGAAAUACGCACAGCGGCUAACAAACUCAAAAACAACAAAUCUUCGUAUUCAAAGAGAAUAAAAAAUGAAAUGAUCAAAUCCAGCUUAAAUGAACUAAUGCCUAUUUAUUUGAAGUUAUUCAAUGCUGUUCUGAUGUCAGGCACUAUGCCUCAAACAUGGUGCGGUGGCCUUAUAACACCAAUUUUUAAAAGUGGGGCUAAAAGUGAUCCCUCAAAUUAUCGAGGAAUUUGUAUUUCUAGUUGUCUUGGGAAACUAUUUUGCUCAAUUCUCAAUCAAAGACUUCUCAAGCACAUUCAGUCGAGUGACAUACUUCAUAAAUCUCAAAUAGGUUUCUUAGCAAAUAAUCGAACCGCUGACCAUGUUCUUACACUACGAACAUUAAUUGACAAAUACGUUGACUGUCACAAAACGAAAGUAUACGCAUGUUUUGUGGACUUUAGAAAAGCAUUUGAUUCGGUGUGGCACGAUGGACUCUUAUACAAGCUGUUACAAAUAAAUGUCCGAGGAAACUUCUAUAAAGUCAUAAAAAGUUUAUACUCAAACUCUACCUGUUCUAUUAGGAUUGGAAAUAACCAAACACAUCCUUUUCAAUACACUAGAGGUGUGCGUCAAGGCUGCAUUUUAAGCCCUCUUGUCUUCAACCUAUACGUUAAUGAUCUAGCUUUUUCAUUCAACAAUAUUUUAUCUGAUCCGUUUGUGCUACCAAAUGGCACCAAACUCAAUUCUCUUUUUUAUGCUGACGACCUUAUUAUAUUAUCACGAUCGAAAUUAGGAUUACAAAAUUGCCUCAACAAAUUGUCUUCAUAUUGCAACUCCUGGAUGCUUAAAAUCAACCGCAAGAAAACCAAAAUAAUGGUUUUCCAAAAAGGCACAAAAAAAUGUGAUUAUGUUUUUCACAUAGGCAAUGAAAUGAUAGACAUUGUAAAAGACUAUACUUACUUAGGGACUCGCAUCUCGUCUUCCUUUUACACUCUCACUUGAACAUCUUCGACAAAAAGCCCUUCAUGCUCUAUUUAGUCUAAGACGCCACACUGAUUUUAGUAAACCGAAACCCUCCCUUGCAAAUAAAAUUUUGGACACAAUGAUCUCACCGAUUUUAACUUACAAUAGUGAAGUUUGGGGUGCCUUUGUGAAAUCAGAUUUUAAGUCAAGGGAUAACUCCGGAAUCGAAUAAACUCAUUUACACUUCUGUAAACGAUAUUUAGAAGUCCAUAACAAGUCAUCCAAUGUUGCAUGCAGAUCUGAACUUGGCAGAUUCCCUCUGAUCAUUGAUAUAAAUAACAAGAUACUUAAUUACUUAAACUAUCUCCAAGAAAAAGAUGAAAAUUCUAUAGUUAAACAAUCUUUAAAAAUAUCUGUUGACCUUUAUCAUAGUGGCCAAAAUAGUUUUUACUCCAGUCUUAAGAAGAUGACUGACGACUAUGAUUUCCCAGGCUUUAAUUGUAAUUUACUGAAUAAAUGUAAAAUUAAGCAAUAUGUAGAUCUUAUGCAAAAGAAAUAUAUCACUUACUGGAAUCAUACCCUUCAACAUUCACAAAAACUUAACUUUUAUUAUAAAAUCAGAACGAAUUAUAGCCCUUCUGUCUACCUAGAUUUAACAAGAAAGAACCCUUCUAGGAAAACAUUAGUGAAACUGAGAAUAAACAAACUUAGGAUUGAGACAGGUAGAUACGACAAUCUACCACGUGGCGAAAGGUUAUGCAAUCUCUGCAAUUGUAACAGAAUUGAAGACGAAACUCACUUUUUAUUAGAUUGUCCAAGUUUCUCUUCGAUAAGAGAUAUGUUAUUCUCUAAACUAGAACCUAAAAUACCGUUUCUACGACUACAAUCACAUGAGUCCCUAUUAUCAAAUCUGAUGAAUUCUACUGACUAUUUUAUUAACAUCCAAUUAAUUUCAUUUAUAUCAACUUGCUUUGAAUUGAGGGACAAAUAAUUAAUAAUUAAUCCUACUGAUGGUUAGAAAUAAACAAUGAUUAAUAAGUUUCAAAUUAUUUUAAAUAUUUAAUUUACAAGGAAUCAAUGAGUAAUUUCAAGUAGCUUUUGCAAUACUGUAAUACUUUGUUAUGGUCAUGCAAAUAAAGCUUAUUGUUGUUGUUGUUGUUAGUUUUAAUUUUUUGUGAGCUUUAGCAUUAAUGAUUGAAAAGAUCAACGUUGAAAGUUUAAAUAACUCCCCUUUCCGAGAAGAAACACAGAGCUUUAUUUGCUUCCGUCAACUCUGCACCGUGAAUGAGACAGUUUUUUUUAUCGCUUCUUGCAAAUGCUGUCAACAGCGGCUACCAUCGAGGUGAGCGUUCAUUAUCUGCAGUGCAGUGUUCCUUGCCAUGUUAACUUGCUGGCACGUAUAGUUUUCGAAAAUGUUUGCUUUCCUUUUGUUCUCCAUAAAUUAACCUCUUUCUUUACAUUAAACUUGAGAAAGAAGACACCUGCCGGACCAUCUAAGCAAGGAGGAGCGAAAUUUGUGUUGGCGUGGUCGUAAUUUGAUCCUUUACCUCAAUUUGUUCGGCGUCGUUAUUAAAUGUAGGCUCAAUUUCCCCUCUAUUAUCGAAUUAACUUUCUCGUUCUCUGAUAAGUGCAGAGGAAAACAGUAUGACCAACGCCAAUGCUGACAAAACUCACUCCGAAAAUUGGCGGUUGUUAUUUUUCUCGCUUGUCACUGUUGGACGAUCAUAGACAAUUUGGAAGACCUUUCCCUUUCUUGUCAGACCAAAUAAUCAUUUUAAUCAAUCAAUUUUUUCAGCGCUAUCACAUGGUUUGGCUCAUGUAUAUAGGCAUAGUAACAUGUGAAUCGUAGUGGCAAAAAUAAUCGCUUUUCAUCGUUGAAGAGUGCGUUUGAGCGUAUCAGAACAAGCAUUUGGAAGUGUAAAGGAGAAACAACGAAGCAUUCAAAUAGCUGACUUGUUAAAAACAAACAAAUCAUAUAUUUUAAAAGUAUUCAUCGCUUUGAAACGUAAAAUGAACUUUCUCUGACAGAGUAGACAGAAAAGAACGUCCGGUUCCAAGGUAAAGAAUGUACUUCUCGGAACUUUAUUACCACACACUGAUCGCUUGCAUCGUGGGUUCCAUCUUUGCUUUUACCGCUGUAGUGCUAAACGUAUUAGUAAUACUCGCGCUGAGAAAUAUUCCUUCCUUGCCAAGAAAAACUCUGAAAACAUUGCUCCUCAGUAUGUCUGUCUCCGACCUUGGUGUUGGUUUAGUAGCGCAGCCACUAAACAUUUAUCUCCUUGUCAGCCACAUAAAUUUCUUUUCUUCAUAUAUUUUUCUUGAUCACCAUGAACCUAUAUUUGACGCGUACAGAGUCGUGGCCAACGUCCUAACGUAUGCUUCGUUUUUUAGCAUUGUGGCGUUGAGUGCUGACAGAUUUUUGGUUAUACGCCUUCAGCUCCGGUACCAGGAUGCGGUAACUCAUAAACGCGCCAUUGUUGGGGUCAUUUCAUUUUGGCUGUUGAGUGCCUUCCUUCCGUUGUUUCGAUUUCUUGAGUGGCUCCCAGAGAACAAGAGUUUCAUUUUGUUUGUUACCAUUCAGUUCAUUUGUCUCAUCAUGUCAGGCCUGUUUUACUUCAAGAUUUGUUUAGCCUUGCGACAGCACGCAGCCCAAGUUCAAAACGUGCCAGCUGAAUGCGGAGAGAGGAAUGAAGCGGUAAAUGCAGCAAGAGAGAGAAAAGCUGCAUUCGGCGUAUUCUAUGUGUAUCUCACAUUUGUGGCUUGUUACCUACCACAGAUUUGUUUCAAUAUUGCAGCAAAAAUAAUUGAUAUUGAGCGACCUUUUUUGGUAUAUAAAGUAAACCUCCACGCUACGAAUUUGCUUGUACUCAAUUCCUCUCUGAGUCCACUGAUUUACUGCUGGAAGAUGAGACGCAUUCGGCAGGCCAUGAUAGAGGUACUGCGUAGACCCUUUCAAAACUAAGAGAACUCCUGGCAACUGCGGAUUAAGACAGGAAAGUUGAACAAGAAAAACUUGUAAUUAAAACUGUUGCUUGUUGGCUGUUUUUAGAAAUAAAACGAUUGAAAGAAAUAGAUAAUAAUAAUAAUUACAAGAAGAAGAAGAAGACAAAGACGAAGACGAAGAAGAAGAAGAACGAAGUAGAAAAAAGAGAAGAAUUGGAAGAGGAAGGAGAAGAAGAAGAAGAAGAAGAAGAAGAAGAAGAAGAAGAAGAAGAAGAUGAAAAACAACAAGAAGAAGAAGUCAUAGAAGAAACACAAAAACCACAGCAGCAGCAGCAACAACAACAACCAUAA